AAAUCUCAGUACAAAUAGUUUGAGAGAAUUACGUAAAGAUUCAUUUGAAGGCCUGGCUUCCCUCCAGUAUUUGGACUUGUCCUGCAAUAAGAUAGAAUUUAUUGAAAAGAAUGCAUUUGAUUCAUUACCUCUUUUACAAUAUAUAAAUCUUGGUUGCAAUUUAAUCACCAAAGUGAACUUUGGAACAUUUCAGACCUGGCAUGGAAUGCAGCUGUUACACAAGUUAAUUCUACAUGAAAAUCCUCUGAUGACUGUUCAAGAUCCAUAUCUUUUUAAUUUGCCAGCAUUGAAAUAUUU